AUGGAAAACUUGAAUGUAACAACACAAGAUUUUAUGAAGAUUUGUCGCAGUUGCCUUUGUAGAAAUAAUUUGUCUCCAAUAAACCAAAAUAGUAUAAAUAUAUUUGAAAAAAUUGCCGAUGUAAAGAUAGAUCUAAAUGAAGAAUUGCCAAAACAAAUAUGUAAUGAGUGUCUCACUAAAACAAACAGCAUUUCUUCCUUUAUACAGACAGUAAAAAGUAAUGAUGUAUAUAUUCGACAAAUAUUUGAAAGCAGUAAGCACAUCAAUCUCUCUCCACAGAUUGAUGAUCAUGAAUCAGAUAUUAGUUGUGAUGCUGACCGAGAUAUAUUUUCUAAAGAUUCCUUUAAUGAGGGUAUUUUAACUAUAUCUGAAAAUGAAAAUGAAACAGAAAAAUUAAAAGGUAUUUAUACUAAACAUGAAAGUAAGCAAUUCAAAUGUAACAACUGUAAUAAAACAUUUGCUAAAAAGCAUAACUUAAACCAGCAUUUAAAAGCUCAUAACAAAUUAGGUAUAUAUGACUGUAAAAUUUGCUUAAAAAGAUUUAAACAACCUUCCAGCCUAAGGAGACAUGAUAGGAUAGUUCAUAAAGGAAUUAAACCAUUUAAAUGUGAUGUAUGUAAUAAAGAAUUUGGAACUCUUUUAUGUAAACAAGAACAUUUUCGCAUUCACACAGGAGAAAGACCAUACAUGUGCAAUAUCUGCGGUUUCAGCUUUAAAAAAUAUUCUACAUACUAUGCCCAUGAUAUAAGACAUAAAAUAAAAAGAGGUGAAAUCCCCAAGAGUACAAAAAUACCGAAAAAAUAUCCUAUAAAACCGCCCAAAAAUAAAAAAGAUCUGGAAUGUGAGUUUUGUCAAAAGUCUUUUUCAUGCAAGCAAGCGGUUUCAGUACACAAACAGAUUCAUUUUGGAGAAAAGUCUUUUUUGUGUACAGAAUGCGGUAAAAGUUUCAUGAGGAAAAGCCAUCUAGAAGUACAUGUUAGGAUCCAUACUGGUGAAAAACCGUAUCAAUGUAACGACUGUGGUAAAGAUUUUCGACAUCCAGGAGCUUACAAAAAUCACUUGCUGAUCCAUAAAAACAAACGUCCACAUAAAUGUGACGUAUGUGAGAAGAGCUUUGUUCAAAUCGGCCAUCUUAAGAGUCACGUUAAAACCCAUACUGGGGAAAAACCAUACAAGUGUACUCUUUGUGGAAAAGCUUUUGCUCAAAGUGGAAAUUUAAGGGCGCAUACUCGAAUUCAUACAAACGAAAGACCAUUCAGGUGUGAGGUUUGUUGUUUGGGAUUUUUUGAUUCUAGUUCUUUGAAGAAACAUAAGAGAACGCAUGAUAGAAUUGAAGUUAAAAAUGAGGAUCCAGGCCAGUAG